CUCAACUUUCCCCCUCCCCGAAUUUCUCGUUUGCUGCACCGCUUACCCCACCAUGGGCGAGUCCAGACAGGAGCUGUUGGCAUGGCUUAACAACCUGCUGCAGUUGAAUUUGACCAAGGUUGAACAGUGUGGAACUGGAGCGGCAUUAUGUCAGAUCUUCGACUCGAUCUUCAUGGAUGCGCCUAUGUCCCGAGUAAAGUUCAAUGUCAAUACGGAAUACGCCUAUCUCCAAAACUUCAAAGUCCUUCAGAACAUUUUCACCCGUCACCAGGUUGAAAAGCCCAUCCCCGUCGAGCAGCUCACCAAGUGCCGCAUGCAGGACAACCUGGAGUUCCUCCAGUGGACAAAGAGAUACUGGGACCAACACUACCCAGGUGGAGAUUACGACGCGGUUGGCCGCCGAAAGGCUGCAGGUGGCCCCGUCGCUGCAACAGCCCCCCGUCCCGGUGCAAGCUCUGCCAGCAGUGCUCGCCGUGGAACCACCCCCACUACCGGCGCUGCUCGGCCGCGAGCUGCAGGAGCAGGCGCCGGCGGUGCCAACGUGACGGCUCUGCAGCAGGAGAUCAGCACGCAGAAGGAGGCAAUUGCGGGCCUAGAGAAGGAGCGGGACUUUUACUUUUCCAAGCUCCGGGACAUUGAGCUUCUGUUGCAAAGUGCUAUUGAGAUGGACCCCGAACUGGAGAAGGAGGAUGAUUCCCUGGUGAAGCAGAUCCAGAACAUUCUCUACUCGACCGAGGAAGGAUUCGAGAUCCCCGCCGAAACCGAACCCAAUGAGGAGCUGGAGACAUUUUGAGGAGGUGGUGAACGUUUUGUCAUAUUAAUAUCCCUCAUAGUUAUCUUGAACAGCGUUGAACUGGGCAUUUUCUCUUUUGUUUCUCUCUCUCUCUCUCUCUCUCUCUCUCUCUUAUUUUUUUUUGUUUUUUUUUUUUUUUUUUUUUCUUUU